AUGAAAGAUUGGCAAGUCGGAUUCUCUUCUUCUAGAGCUCAAAAUAACAAAACAGGAGUUUCAUCCAUUUCUGAUGAGAAUUUUCCUCCAAGCGGCUUCAUGAAAGACUUGGAUUCUCCUCCAGAAAGAAUGAGCAUAUUGUCAGAGAAGAAGAGCAAUGGAAGUGAUGGCGAGAGCAUCAGAGAUGCCAUAGAAGAAAGGAUUUUUGAUUUCUCACCAUCCUCGAUCAAUCAAAGUAAUCAUAUCAAGAAAACAGGCUUCAGAGCCAGACCUAAACUGGCUUCUGCUCACGCCGUCCUUUCAUCCAAGCUAGAAGAUCCAACAGAAAUGCAGACAAAUGCAUGUGAGGAACCAGAGGUUAUGAAACCUGAACCUCUGGAACGUGUUUGCAUGGAUCCCCUACCAAUACCUGCUGGAGAAACAACCAAGGACGAAGACGUGGAAGAGCAGAAAGUGAAAGAGAGGGUGAUGGCAGGUGAAAAUCUUGUUGAAGAGGGUUCAAAUGUGGCAUUGAAUGCAGCAACUAGGAAAAGCCUGUGGAGCAGCAAGAUCGAACCGAGGGAAAGACUGAAGGAAGGGAUGCGGGAAAGGCUGGGAGCAAGUGUGGAGAGUAUCGAUGAGAGUAACAAGGGAGAUUUCAGCAACAAACGACUGCACAGGAAGAAGAGUUGGGGCUCAAGACAGAGAAACACACAAACGCUUGUGUCAUCACAGGAUGGAGAACAUUAUAUGGAGGGAAGUGUGGAGAAAGAUGGUGAGGAAGAAUUAGUUCCACACCCUGUUCUCUCUCGGGUUCUCUUUCACUCCUCAGCUUCAUCCUCCUCUUCCUUCAACAACUCCUCAGCAGAAAGUGAUGAGGUUUUCAGUGAAAAUGAGGACACUGACACCCGGAGGCAGACCAUGAAGAAGUGUCGAUCUUGGAGAACCUUUCUGACCAUGAUGCAGUGGUCCAAACGUACACAAAGCUCAUGGAUCCAGCUAGCGGGUCACCAAGGUAACGUGAGGCUGAGUGAGGGUGGCGAGGUGCUGAAGAGGUUUUGCGAGGUUGAGGCCAUCUGUCUGCAGGUCCUCAUGUCUGAUGCGCUCUGUCAGUUUGUGCCUCAUUAUUUCGGGCACAUCAGUCAGGACGGAGAGCGAUACAUCCGUCUAGAGGAUCUGCUUAGCGGGCUCAAAAAUCCUGUCAUCAUGGACUGCAAAAUGGGUGUGCGGACAUACCAAGAGGAGGAGAUAAGUAAGGCCCGGAGCAACGCCAUUGUGCGCUCUGAUAUGUAUCAAAAGAUGGUCAAAAUAGAUCCGGCAGCUCCCACUGCAGAAGAACAUGCACAAAGAGGUGUAACCAAGCUGCGUUACCUGCAGUGGAGGGAUGACAGCAGUUCCACCUCGUCACUGGGCUUCCGCAUUGAAGGCAUAGUGAUGAGAAAUGGUAAAGUAUUACGAGACUUUUACAAGUCACGCACAGAAGCUCAAGUGACAGAAACACUGUUAACCUUCACCAGGAGGCAGGUUCACAUUCUAGAGGCCUACGAAUCCAGAUUACAGGCACUGAACAAAGCACUCAAGGAGUCAAACUUUUUCAACAGACAUGAGAUCAUAGGCAGCUCUUUACUUUUCGUCCACGACUGCAGCGGCAAAGCAAACAUAUGGAUGAUAGAUUUUGGAAAGACCAUCCCAACCCCAGAGGAUGUCCAGCUGAGGCAUGAUGUUCCGUGGGUGGAGGGAAACAGGGAAGAUGGGUACCUCAUCGGACUGACCUCACUCAUCACUCUGCUGGGGGAAGCCAUCAAGCAAGCAGAGGAGCAAAGAUGAGAGUGACCUCAUAUAUACUCACUUAUACAGAUGAUUUCAUGUUGGAUCUAUCAAUCGACAACCGUACUGUCUUUUGGGCAUUAUACAUC